AUGGUACUUCUGGCACUAGCAGGGAAAAAAGAGCGAGGGCCGGGAGGAGGCAGGGAGACGAGCGGGGGAGCCUGCGGAGCAGCCGCGGUCACAGCCCAGCGGUUGGCUUUCAGCUGGGGCAGGGCUGGAGAGUGGGAUGGUUCCCACAGCAUCUCCCGGCUUCGGAAACCUCUCCCCUUCCAGCGCCGCGUGCGCCGCGCUGGCUCCGAGGGAUACAGAGGGCCCUCACCAGAAUCUGCAGCACAAGCCUUGCUUGCGAGAGGUAGGGCUGUUGGAACAGUUUUCCCUGGCUGUGCUUUAGUCAUAUGCAUUUCCACAUGCGGCAGGGUUAAAAGAUUCAUCGCCCUUCCUGACUCUGCUUCACCCCAGUGUUUGAGAGCAGUGGUGGGGGACAGCGAGGGAAAAAGGAAGACAUUAAUACACAACGAGAAGCUGAAAGCAAAAGGCCAGCCCGUGCUGCAUGUUCCCACUUCUCGGCAACUUGCGGAUGGUGGAGCUGAACAUGGCAUAUCUUUGUCCAUCCUGGAGAUGCAGGCAUUGAAUAGUCCUUCUGGAUAUGCAGGCCUGCCAAUUCUUGUCUUUUCUUCUGAGAUUGCUUGCCAGCGUGGAGAUGGCUUUGUGUUGUGAAUUCCUCUUUCACAGUUCUGCUCCAAACUGGGUUACAACCAUCAUGUUGUGCCGAGGUUGCCAUGCAGGUAUCCAUUCAGAAAGAUUUCCAAUGAGAACCAGCAAUGUUUUUCCUUUGCAGUGCUAAUAACAGUUAUUGUAGGAUUCUUCCUGUCCUGGGUGACUUUACAUAAGUGAUUGUGUAUGUGUGUGAGAUAGCAAAGGGGGGAAACAAGCAGAUGGAAGAGUAGUAAUAACUGGGGAGUGGAUGAGUCCACAGCACAUGGGCAAAGGAAAUGCUGGGAGAAAUAAUUAGUGC